AUGCAAACAGUGUUGGAUGGUGAUGACGACUCAAGGAUGCGUUCUGCUCGCAUUGAAGAGCGUGUGUGGCAAACAUUUCAGGCUCUACCCAAAAACGAUGUGGGUCGCUUGACCCCUCGCGGAGUUCGAUACUUGGUGCACAACUACUUCAUGAAAGAGCAUGGCUGGCUGAUUCAGGGCUUGGAUCCACAUGGAAAUCAGGCGAAUGUCUCUGAAGUUCAUGAGGUGAGCAUCUUGCGGGACAAGGCUCCUGCACUUGUUGAGUCAUUGUUGGAAGCACGGCGCUCCAAUCAUGGCCUGGCCCUGACAGACAUCGUCACCAUGAUUGCCGCGUUGGAACGAUUGAUAUUUGAUGAAUCUUUGGCUUUGCUUCGUGCAGCUUAUGCCUUCAACGAUGUCAGCAUGUUUGGAGAAGUGGAGCAGAGCCGGGUGCACGAUGUGCUCACUUCUUACCUUUUGCUCUUUCAGCUGGGCAGCAAAGGAAAUUUGUCUGAUGCACGGUUGCACCGUGCUUUGAAGGCCAGGGUCUCUCGUAGGGAUGACUGGCCUACGGUUGUGGAUUUCCAGAAGGAUGCGGUGAUGAAUUUCAACUAUGCCAAGAAAGACACCUCCAACCCUUUUGUCGAGCCGCGGUACACUUUCGAGGACACUCUGGACAUUGUUGAAGAGCUUGCCCACGGCUAUGGCAAAUGGCAAAACAUGGAGUGUCAGCAGAUGAAGGCGGAUCUCAUGGACCUUGAUGCUGAUGGCGACGGUCGUAUUCCUCUUGGAAAGUUUUAUGGGCGAGUUGAUACGACCAAGUAUCAAUUCACAGAGUCAAUGCGGUACUUGCAAGAAGUUGGUGCGUUGGAUGAAACAGGUACGGAGAAGAAG